UCCACCCCCCGCAUCGACCUGGAAUGCCGCCGUCGCUGCCACGGUUGUUUUGAUGUCGGCCGCCGCUAUUGCGCAUGAAAAAAAAUCGCGUUGCCCUUGGCAGUAGCCUAUUUAUCGAGAGGAGCGCGCGACCGUGCCACGAGCUGUGUGCCGAUAAGGGGCGAAUUUCGGCCAGCCGCCCACUUGCGAGGCUCACCGUCACCCGCUAUUCCCGUCUAUCCAUCCAUCCAUCCAUCCAUCCAUCCAUCCAUCCGUCCGUCCGUCCGUCCGUCCAUCCAUCCAUCCAUCCAUCCGUUCGUCCGUCCGUCGUGUCUGUCUGUACAGAUAUACGUCGGUCGUGUUUCCUCGCCACGCUGUAACACGUUUUCCACGAAAGAGACUCGAGACGUGCGGCGUUUGCUCGCGAUUAGAGAGAGAGAGAGAGAGAGAGAACCUGUCUUGUUGUGAGUGUCUCUUUCCUCCCCUCUGCCGCCACGUCGCUCUUCUCUCUCUCUCUCUCUCUCUCUCUCUCUCUCUCUCUCUCGCACUCCCUGCGUCGUGAAUCGUAUUGCGUAUCACGCUCUCCGUCUGUCUGUCUGUCUGUCUGGCUGGCUGACCGACCGUCCGUCUUUCUAUCUCUGUUCCUCUGCGCGUGCGCUCGCGCGCACGUAUGAGUGUAAUGUGCGGUGAGCGCGCGCGUGAGUGAGUUAGUGUCGGUGUUUAUUCUCGCACGCGUAUGAGAACACGCGCGCGCACUCGUGUGUAUACACGUCACCGUCGUGGAGCACGCAGUAAAUUGUGUUAUUCGGAGAGAUAAACAGGUGCAGGAGGAGGGCUCGCUCGGUUGUUCGCUCGCUCGCUCACAAAACGGCCGCACCUCGUGGCAUACGCGCUGUGUGACGGCUCGUCGUGUGGCUCACGGCAGUCCGGCGUCUACACUGUCCUCCCCCGAUCGCGGACGCGCGUCACGAAUUACUUGCUCGCGCGAGGAAUGCGCGAGCGGCGGUGGCAUGGCACGUCCGAGCCACCGUUGAGGAACCUCGGCGCGCCCGAGAUGCGGCCUGAGCCGCCUGAGAUUGGUGGCGGGCGAAAUUAGACGAAACCGCGUGACAGGUGGAUUCGAGGCGUGCCGAGACGUGGAGAGAAAGAGAGAAGGAGAGUGAGAAAGGAAGAGAAAGAGACGAGAGACGGUGGACGGAGUGUGAAGGAGGGAGCGUAGCGAGAGUGAGAGAGUGGCCGUCGCAAUAUCUCGGAGUCCGCGGGAUCUUCCCUACUUGGUUCCCGACGCCGUGAACGUGCGAGCGAGAGAGGACCGAGGGUGAUUGUGAAGAUUGUGAUCAUUUCGUUGCCGCAGUCAUCGUCAUCGUCAUCGUCGUCUCGUGGCUGGCCAUAGCUCGCCAUUGUUAUUGUUGUCGUUCCUCCUAACCUACGAGAAGGUGGACGUCCGCGACUGCCAUCGUGAGAGGAAGAGAGAGGGACGCGACGCGACACGACGCAGCAGCAGCAGCACGUCCUCGGACCUCGGGGAACGUUGCGACGAGGGCAUCGCACAUCGCACAUGUAAUCUGGCUGUUGCUCGCACGCAUCGCCGUGUAUAUUUACGUCCCGAAACGUGCUCAGUGCGAAGGCGCGCGCGCCUCACGAGAGCCGCUCCCGAUAUCGUUUCCGUCGUGACUGUCAAUGUGCGACGGACCUGAGCGACGCGCGAUAACAGCGAGUCGACAACGAAGACGGCACGUUUUUCCUCAACAACGGAGGGAAGCAUCGUGGCGCUGGAAGGCGCAGUUCGCUGACACGUUGACGGUCGUUGUUGUUAUGCCCGCGAAAGUGCGCGGAUCACGCUCCACCAAGGCGAUUGAGCGGCGACGUUAAUCGUGUUGCAGGAGCGACAGAGACGGAGAGAUAUCUAUUAUUUAUUAAAAGAUUGAUCGAUCGAUUGAACUUUUAUCGUCGGUUUAGGAACAUGUCCUCUAAGAACAUUCGAGAUAAACAAAAAUAUCAAAAGUAAAAAAUUUUAUAACAUUGAAAAGUAAGAAUCGACAAGGAAAGUAUAGUGAAACUCAAAAAUAAUACGAAGAUACACAAAAAAUUAAAGAGAAUUAAGUACAAAAAAUUAGAAAAGAAAUCGGUAUAAAACGCAGAAUACAACAAAUAUAAAUAAGACGAAAAAGAGAAAGAGGACAUUUGAUGCGAGUGUGGAAAUUGUCGUCGUUUCUCGAGCACAAUGAAAUGAACUUUUGCGCCGUUGUGCGUGACGCAGUCUUUCGGUGAGGACGAGGCGCACCGCACGCACGUGUGACGACGUGCUCUCGGCACGUUCCGCGAAACGCGCCGCGCACGCCGCGGACUCGCAUGCUCGAGGAGAAAGGAACAGGCAGCGGGAAGUGGGAAGCGAGCAGGGACGAUAGUAGCCGGGAUAUCAUGUGAAUGAUACGUAGAACGCGAAGGGCCGAAACGCUUGUAUCCGCGUACUCGAGGGAUUCGUUGGUAAUCACUAAUCGUGCGACAACGACGAAGACGACGACGACGACGACGACAACGACAACGACAACGACAACGACGACGACGAUCUUUUCGAUCGUCAUCCCGACGAUGUCUUCGGGCAGGGGCCCGGCAUCGCCCUCGGGCGGGCCCGUGAUCCGCUCUGGCCAUCUGAAGAAGCUCAAGACGAUGAAGAAGAAGUACUUUGUGCUGCGCGGCGAAGGACCCGGUUGCCUCGCCUGCCUCGAGUAUUACGACAGCAAAAAGAAAUUCGAGAACAGGCAGCCGCCGAAGCGCAGCAUACUGCUGCACAGCUGCUUCAACAUCAAUAAGCGCGGCGACACCAAGCACAAGCACGUGAUCGCGCUCUACACCAAGGAUGAGUGCUUCUGCCUGAUCCUCGACAGCGAGAAGGAGCUGGACGAGUGGCUCAAGGCGAUGCUUAGGCUACAGAGCGGGGACGUGCCCGACGGGGAACAGCCGCGGCCUACAUUCGAACACGUGUGGCAAGUUACAAUGCAAAAAAGAGGUCUCGGUGCACGAAAGAACAUUCAUGGACCCUACAGAUUAUGCCUCACCGAUCAAACUUUAAGUUUAGUGAAAAUUGGGGCACAGGAUAACUCUGAUUCUAUCGAGAUUUCUCUAAAUUAUAUUAGACGAUGUGGAUUUGCGAAUGAUAUAUUCUACAUAGAGGUUGGCCGAUCCGCCGUAACCGGAGAUGGCGAAUUUUGGAUGGCAGUCGAAGAUAACAAUAUCGCGCUCAAUAUGUACGAUGUUAUAACGACUGCGAUGAGGAAUUCGAAAAGUAACAAAGACGAAGUUGGACCUCGCCAGAGAACGCGUAGUUCCUCCGCCAACGAAGCCAGUAAACCUAUAUCCGUUCUUCAAAGACGGCAUACAGGUCAAAAGCUUCAUGGCUUUUCGCCCCUAGAGGAACAGAAGACAUACAAGGAGCAAGUGGAACCAUUGCAAGAGCAGACUGCUACUUCCUCUGUUCUCACACAGUGUAGUCAAUCUCGGAAUACCUCCUCCACCAAUACAGUCACGGCCGUUGCUGGUACCGGGGCUUGGACUACUGGGAUUGCCACGACUAAUGCCAACAGUGCCGGUACCGCUAGACGUCGUCAUUCGGUAGCGAGUCAUCCUCAUUCCGUCAAUAAUUCCCAAUCCGUUCACAAUGUCACAACAGCAACAAAUGCAACUAUGACUACUACUACUGUCACUACCACUACCAUCACUGCAACCACCACUACCAUCACCACCACCAUUACUGCGACCGUCACCGCGACGAUCACUACAACCACAACCGCGACAAUAUCCCAUCAGAGAACCUUGUCGCUGCCCUUAGCUGCCGUUAUUAUCAAUCAAACGCAACCAUCUAAAAGAUCCGUUUUACGGUGUGCUACCGGGCGCGAUCGAUGCGACAGUUUGCCAUCGAGAGCUCGUACUACCAGUGAGGGACAACCAACUACAGUUGUGUUAAGCCAUCCUAGAGGAGCCCAUAUUAUGUCGCACGUACCGCGACCGCAUUCCAUGUGUGGCCGAGGCCUCUCAUAUUCUCCACCAAUCGCGUCGAUGCCUAUUAGUCCAUCUUCCGAUAUCUGUUCGUCGGAUUCGGCCGGAUCGUCACCUUCGAUGGAUGAUUGUGGUGAGAAUAUUUUGGAAGAAAGCACUGUCUCGAGGUACGGGCAUUCCUUGACACCUGACGAGCCUGUAAUCUUAGACAAGAAAGGUGACGACUAUGCCCUGUGGUCAACGUCGCAUCCACAUUUGAAAUACUCGCCAAACUUUAAAUCUCAUUCGCCCUCUCAGAGUUCCUACCAGAGUGAAAUGUACAGUCCCUGUGGGUCGAGUCCGGGUCGUGGAGGCGUAUACAUGCCCAUGAGCCCGGCGACAACGGCUCAUUCGCAUUCCCGUGGAUCAUCCCUUGUGGAGGAAAGCAAUGUGGAUGGCUACGUACCGAUGGCACCAGUUGGAGAUGACGGUUAUGUCGAUAUGGAUCCUGUAAAUAGUCAUAACGGUCACUUUUCGGACGAUAUGUCGCAGAACGAUGGCAGUAGCUGUUCUGUUACGUCUGGCACGCCUAGUACGGAUCUGCGGUUUUCUGAGUAUCAUUUGGACAAGGUAACCAGCUUUUUAACACCUGGGGAAGAUCUGCAAGCCAGACAAACCAGAGCUUACUCCGUUGGAUCGAGACCGGAACAAGCCAAUAGGCAUCGUAAAAAUAGAUUGGACAUUACUCCGCAAGACGCCAACAGAGUACGAGCAUUUUCCGUAGGUAGUCGAUCUAAGAGGCCUGAGAUCGGAAGGCUAGCCAAUGUAAUUACUGCGCCAUUACCAGCUGGUUCGGAAACCACAAAUUCGAAGUCAAGUUCCGCGCCGUUGCUGUCGAGCUCUUGGGGACACAAUUCGGGUUGCUCCGGAGCGUCCGAUCGUAUGGAGGAUCUCAUGGAGUUGGAUUUCACGAGACCCAGUGUUCCAACCGCUCUCUCUUCGCCUCCGACAUCAUGUUCCCAACCUCAGUCGCAACCGCAACUGUACUCUACUUAUUCUACUGCCACCGACACUAGUUCCUAUGUCGACAUGUCGCCCGGACAAGCUCCCAUAUCGACUACUGCCCCAUACGUCGAUAUGAGUGGCAUAAAUAAGAUCAAUCGCAAUAACAAUAAUAAUACAAUCACUGCCAACCAUAAUCAUAGCCACAUGCAUAUAUCAUCGCUAACUUUCGCUCAUAAACCUGUAAUUACAACUUUAAAGCCGGUAGAAGAAGCUGAGGGACCUUAUAUGAAAAUGGAUGGUACCAUAGAGAUAGAUUGGACGCAUUCGGAAGCGAGUCCGAAACAAUUGUCAUCGCCUAUUCAAGAGGAUACCUAUCAAACAAAUGGGCCACCAGGCAGCACAAGAACAGCACCUGUAGAUCUUCCGCAACCAAGGCGUCCUCCGGAGGGCUACGUCGAGAUGUCUUUUAAAGCGCGGCCGAGUUUGGAACAAGAUUACAUAAAUAUGAGUAUGGGUGGGAACAAUCGAAACAAUCGUAAAACACGAACGGGCAAUCGCAAGGAAAAAUCGCGAUCGCAACCAAUCGCGAUUCAGGCAGGCAGCAAGCCAUCUAAAACUCCAAAUUUUCUACCUUUGAAUGGAAGUCCGACAUCCGAGAGUCUAGCGAGCACUCCCGCCUCUCCGCCGCGAGCAACACCAACGGGUUCAUCGGCCACGAUUUUCCCCUUUUCUCUGAACAGUCCUCAGUCACCUGUAAAACCUUUCACGAAAAAAAACGAUGAGUUCUCCACGACAGAAGGAGAAGGUUUUUCUAACCAAAAUAAAAAUAAUGAAUAUGCAGUGAUGGAACCCGCAAAUACGGUUUAUACACCGUGUUCUACCCCGUUGACGGAAACGAUAUCCUUGUCGAACGCAAAUAGCGAGAAGCCACCUAGUCCUGUAGAGAAAAAUGUUCGAAUUAUAUUAAAGUCUUCGUCAUCGCAAGAACACGGUAAGCCCAUUAACGUAAUAACGAAAAAACUGUCGGAUCUAACGGUGUCGAAACCGCGUCUCGUCACGGCCUCACCGAACACCAGUCCUACCCUGACGGGUUUCAAGCCGUCAACCGUGCAACAGCCGAAGCCAUCCUCGCCAAAAUUCAUCGACGAGACUCCCACGCCUACGCCCACAUCUACACCCACGCCCACGCCAAGUCCGUUGGACAGCGAGGGCUACGAGAAGCUUCAACCAGGCGCGACAAUACUGCAUUACGCUAGUCUCGAUCUGCCGGAGGUCGAUAAUCCAGCGCCCGUGUCGCCGGCGUCCACGCAGGAGAAUUUCACCUACGCCGAGAUCGACUUCGCGAAACUCAAGCAGACCUAAAAUAUGCGCUAUCCAGAAUGCGCAUAUUUUGCUGCCCCCGUGUCGCGUACAAGGCUGUGCGUGACGUGGGGUGGUUUGGCUGACGCCUCUUGUGUUCCCCACGAUAGCAACGAGUAGGCAGGGUAUAAUCGAUCGUUCUGACAUUGGCUCUGCUGGUCUAACGAACAAGACGCCGGGUAGGAACUGUAUAUAUAAUUCAUUUCUUUUUCUCUCCAGCCUAAUGGCAUUAUACCGCUCGCCGAUCUUUCUUAUGUAAUAGAUUGGCAGCCUAUUUUACAUUGUUUGAGAAAUAAGCAUCGUUGGUACCUAUAGUUCUGGUUGUACUGCAUUAAUAUCGUAUUUUAUCGGAAUGAUGUGAAAUUUUUUAAUAUAAGUGAAAUACACUUUUCUCGCUGAUUCCGAAGAGAGUCCUCAAAUCUGUCCACAUGUAUGCUAUUUCUAAUAUUAAACGAUCGAUAAUUUAACGGAAAAGAGCAAAUUACGAAAACGUUAACUUUUAUUUUUAGUUAAAAUAUUAUAUUUGUAUAAUUGGGUU